AUGGCCAAGAAGGGAGGAAAGAAGAAGGGAGGCAAGAAGGGCGGUUCUUCCGCUGCUGCUACGAGCAACAAGGCCGCCGAGCCCGUCGCCGCUGCCGCCCCCGACACCACUGUUGAGGAAACCGUGAGCGAAACUGAGCAGGCCCCUGCUGAGACCUCCACUGCUGCCACCUCUGUUCCGGAGACCGCCACUGAGACUCCCGCUGUCGCUGCCCCGCCAAUUGCAGCCGCAUCGAAUGCCAAUGAAGUUGCAAUUCCUGCGGCGGAGGAGCCCCCGGUAGAGGAGGCCGUGGAAAAGGUACAAAAGUCGAAGGUUGAACCAACGGAGGCUGCUGCCGCGGUGCCGGAGACAGCUGCGAAAGACACCGCAGCCGCGCCCCUUAAUACCCCAGAGGUCGUUGCUGCGACCACUUCCCUCCCCGAAAGGCUCAAGGAGUCGGAGAGUCUCGAAGAUACCCACGUCAAGCGUCCUCAUGAAAACGGCCCUGUGGCGACUGAGAAGGAGAUACCCACAAAGAUUCCCAAGAUCGAUGACGAGGCCAUCGCCAAGGGCACUGUCGCAGAGACACCAGCUAAAAAGGAGAAUGUUACCAGCACAGCCGCGCUUCCGAACGAAGCGGGCGUGCUGCAGCCUCAGAUGGUCCCCGGUCUCGGUGCGGACCCUGCUGAUAAGCCAUUGAAUGAGCUGGAGGGCACCUCCGAAGCGGCUAAGAAGGCUCAGGCCUCCGAGACUGUUGCCCCAACUGGCGUCUCUACCUCUAAGAAGGAGACCCCCAAGACGACAGUACCAGGACUCACCAGUGUUCCGGGCACAUCUGCUGAGGAGAAGCCCCUGGCUACCACAGCCGCCCCAACCACUACUGCCGCUAAGGAAGAAUCGAAGACCCUCCCCAAGACUGAGGAGCCUGCGGUUACCCAACCUACAUCCGCAGCUGCAGCUCUGGGCACCGGUACCACUACCGCUCCCGCCGCGGAAGAAAAGGCCAAGGCUGCCCCAGCAGCCCAGAAGGAACCGCCUGUACUCGCUAAGGGUCCCUCAGAUACCGCAACUGGCCCAGCAGCCACUGUCGGUACCGCCAAGGAAGAAGCCAAAACCGCUGCUCCUGUCCAGAAGGAGUCUGAGACGACGAAGCCUACUUCCGCAGCGACCGCCGCAGCUGUCGGUGCAACCGGAACCACGGAAAUCCCCAAGGUGAAGGAUGAGGCAGCUACUGUGACCAAGCCCCCGGCUGCAGUCACGCCACCGGAGAAGGCUCACGCAGCACCUGGUGUUAGCCAAGCCGCUGGCGCUACCACUGGAGCUACUGGCAUAUCGACCACGGAGCCAGCCAAAUCCGCCGGGUUGCCUUCCAACGUCCAGACGCAGGCCGAGAAGCCUGCUGGUAUCUCCGAUAGCACUGCCGCGGCGCGCGCUGCCACCCAGAAAUCGCAACAAGCCAAGACUGCUGAGCCUGUGGCUCAGACCACCCAGACUGGCGAGGCCGCUAAGAGCGCUCAGACUGCGCAAACCGGCCAAGCUGCACAAACCGGCCAGACUGCCCAGACUGCCCAGGCCGGCCAAACGGCUCAGACUGGCCAGUCUACCCAAGCUGCUGAGGCGGCGCAGACCGGUAAGACCGGUCAGGCUGGUGAGACUGCUCAAACCGCCCAGGGAGCAGAGACCGGGGGUGCUGCCACCAGUGCAAAGCCCGCAGAGGGCAAGACCACCACAGAGCAAGCCCAGUCUGCUGCUCAGGAGGCCUCCAAGGCCGAGAAGCGAAAGAGCGGUGGUUUAUUCGGCUGGCUCAAGCGCAAGGUCAAGGGCUGA